UCGGCAUUAGGGCUGGGCUGGACUGGAGUGCGAUACUGGACACUGCAGCAGCCCGCAGUGUGUGUUUUAGGGUUGGGAGGGCCGUCGACACUCCCUCUCUCCCCACGCUCCCCGUGUGGUUUUGGUUGCGUGGUGUCACCUCUGCGGCACCCCUCUCCUCCCUCCCUCCCUCCCUCUCUUCAUUCCUCCUUUUUUUUCCCUCUUCUUCUAGCAAUGGCAUACGACGGCAACCGUGACUUUGGAGGGGGUUACGAUGACUCUUACGAUGACCGUCCUGAGUUCCGUGAUGGCUUCCGUGACCUGCAGCCACCUGAACCCGGUUUUGAUACCGCCAACUACGUCCCCGACGUUGUUAGAACCUUUGUUGUCUAUCUCUACCGCCACAUCCGCGAGAAAAACGUGUACGAGAUUCACCAGAUGUACGAGGGCAGUUUCCAGAAACUCAGCGACCGCUUGUUUAAGCAAAGCAAUUGGCCUAUCGUGGACAUGAUUGCUCCCUACGUCGAAAACGAUCAUGUCUUCUGCCUUCUCUACAAAGAAAUGUGGUUUCGCCAUGUCUACGCGCGCCUUCAGCCCACUCUUGAGCAGCGGUGCGAUUCGUGGGACAACUAUUGCAAUCUCUUCCAGGUCAUCCUUCACGGCAAUGUCAACAUGCAGCUCCCUAAUCAAUGGUUAUGGGACAUGAUUGACGAGUUCAUCUACCAGUUUCAGUCCUUUUGCCAGUACCGCGCCAAAUUGAAGCAGAAGACCGAUCAAGAGCUGGCUGUUUUGAGACAGAUUGAUGAGGUGUGGAACGUCGUUGGAGUGUUGAACUACCUCCAAGCAUUGAUCGAGAAAUCAAUGAUUCUUCAGAUUUUGGAGGAAGAGAAUGAGGGAAAUGUCACCUUUACUGCUACGGAUGGUUAUGAUUACCAUGGUGGAACGAAUGUGCUGAAAGUCUUGGGGUACUUCAGCAUAGUGGGUCUGCUGCGGGUUCAUUGCCUAUUAGGUGAUUAUCAUACUGGUCUCCGUGCCCUCGCACCUAUUGAUAUAAACCAGCCUGGAGUCUUUAACACUGUUAUCGGCUGCCAAAUUACGACUAUCUACUAUUAUGGAUUCGCCAAUCUCAUGUUACGAAGAUAUGUGGAUGCCAUCAGAUCUUUCAAUCAAGUACUCUUGUACAUUUUCAAGACCAAGCAGUAUCACCAGCGCUCAUCACAGUAUGAUCAGAUUUUGAAGAAGAACGAGCAGAUGUAUGCUCUUCUCGCCAUCUGCUUGUCGCUUUGUCCUCAUCCGAAGUUGGUCGAGGAAAAUGUUAACAAUCAGUUGCGAGAGAAGUAUGCUGAGAAGAUGUUGCGAAUGCAACGCAAUGAUGAAGCCAUGUUUGACGAGCUGUUCUCUUACGCCUGUCCCAAGUUCAUCACUCCAUCACCACCAAAUUAUGAUGAGCCUCUUGUCAAUUUUAAUCAGGAUGCGUAUAGGUUGCAGCUGAAGCUGUUUUUGUCCGAGGUUAGACAACAGCAACUUCUUUCUAGCAUCCGGAGUUUCUUGAAACUGUACACUACCAUCUCCAUUUCCAAGCUUGCAUCCUUCAUGGAUGUUGACGAGCCCACUCUUAGGGUGGCGUUGCUCACGUAUAAGCACAAGACCCAUGUGAUCAAUAACGAUGGGAGUGUUUUGUCUAAUGCUGAUGUUGACUUCUACAUUGAUGACGACAUGGUCCAUAUUGCUGACACGAAGGUUACGAAACGCUUUGGGGACUAUUUUAUUCGUCACAUUCAGAAGUUCGACGAAAUUAUUAAUGAAUUGGAUCGCACGCAGCUGGAAUAAGCAAAUGGCGCACAUAAUCUCAGUUACAGGUAGUUUCAUUGCUUAGAUCAGUCCUCUCUGAAAUGUUUCCGACGGUUCCUUGAGAUACUGCAAUGCCCAAUGAUAUCAGUUUUUCAAUUUUUAAUAGCAGCAGUUUUAAAUAGACAAGAUCUUGCUUUGCAGCCAUCCGUAGCUACCAAUGAUCUUUCAGUAGUGGCGAACUUUUAUAUAGAUGUUGCCACAUGUGCGUCAACUGAACAUUCCAUCAAUCACAAUCCAGUUACGAUACUAGGCAGGUAGACAUAAGCACAUGUUAAAAGAAUUCACGACAACUUAUUUGGGAAUUAAAUUUGAUUAACCUUUUUUUCCA